AUGCAAGGUUCACACAAGCGUCGAUUUCCAUCGCCCCGAAAAGUUCGGCAAUGGUGUUACGUGUUUCUGGUCUUCACUGUGCUAUUCAUAUUGAUCAAAACAUGGCCUCGAUCAGUGAUCUUGCAAAUCCCCCAACGUGACAAUGAUGCUCCUCACCAGUUAUUAUCGCAUAGAUUGAGCCAUCUUUUGCGCGCGGAAUUCAGUCGAUUAAUACGUCAUGACAUUCCGGCUGUGGAAGAUGUGGGUGAGACUAUGUUGCGUGAUUGGGUUACAUUGGAGCAAAAGUUUUGUAACCAGAUUGUCGAUAACUACAGUCAUCCGUUUGCCACUGACGCUUGCCAGUACAGCUGUGAACACAAAGAUGAUGGGACAGGAACCAGUCCAAGCUAUGUGCGUCGCAAUUUGCUCGUGAUCCCAUUUCGUGAUCGAUAUGAACAUCUACGAGAACUGAUUCCCCGGUUGGAAUAUUUGUUGAACAAGCAGAAUAUUUGCUACUUGAUAGUUGUUGGAACUGAACCAUUCAACAAGGGUAAGCUUAUGAAUGCGGCUUUUGUGGAAGCCUUACAAUGGUUUCCAUUUCACUGUAUCACCUUACAUGACGUGGACCUUCUUGCUUUAUCAGACGACACUCCUUAUACUUGCCCCACGUUUCCGCAACACACAAGUGUAAAUAUUGAUAAAUUUCACAGCAGAUUACCCUAUAUCGAACUGGUCGGGGGCAUAUUGUCCUUGCCAAUCAAAGUCUAUCUACGUGUCAAUGGAUUUUCCAAUCUGUACUGGGGUUGGGGUGCUGAAGAUGACGACAUGUAUGAACGAUCACAAAUCUUGGCACUCGGUGAGGCUCGUUAUCGGCUGGACGGUUUGAACAGUUUAAACUACACACUGGUUGAUCAAAAGAUGCAAUUCUACGACGACACUCUGGUAGGCAAUAUGACCGAUAAAAAACCGCGAGAGGAUUCUGCGGCUCAACACUGGUUGAUUCACUUGAANUUGAAAAUCGAUGUUGGUCAAGCACCCGCAUGGCUAGGAAACACAAAUUUGCGUGUAUAA